AUGUAUAAAAUGGUGUGGAAAACAUUUAAAACCCGAAUUGAGCAUGAUAAAAACGCCCGUAAACUAGACAUAUUUAGGACAGACAUGAAUGCAUCGAUGGUAAUGAUGGUAACGGAUAUGAUAUUUCAGGCUAUUUAUCGGUCGGAUAAUAUGAUGAACGCCUCGGCGGCCAUUAGGACACAAAUGCUGGCUAACUAUCCGGACACCGAUUGGCAGUGCAUACUUAAAUGUUAUUUCUUUUGUAUAACUAAAUUUUGUGGGCAACAAAUGCCGGGCUAUUCAAGCGAUCGGUUCCCCGACCUGUCGGCCGAAGAUCGGGACGAAUACACGUGUAGUAUAUGUCAGGAGAUAUUUGACUGUCCGGUGACCACAACCUGUUGUCUACAGACGUUUUGCGAGCACUGUAUUAAUGAUUGGCUUCAAAACAACACUACCUGUCCAUAUGAUAGGAAAUCAUUGACCAAAGCCGAUUUGACACGAGCAUCAAGGAUAAUUGCUAACACUUUGGGUCGGUUUAAGAUACGGUGCGACUUUUGGGACGUCGGGUGCCGUGAAGUGAUCAAAUUGGAAGAACUACCACAUCAUACACUCAACUGUCGCUAUAAAGACACAAAAUGCCCUAAAUGUCAGUGCGUUCAACGAUCGGGACACGACUGUAUCGAGGCGUUACGGGCUGAGAUCGAGGCAUUAAAACUUGCUAAUAAAACUGUUAUUACUGACCAUGAUAAAAAGUUGGGUGCUGUCAACGCACGGCCAAUGGGCCAAACUCUACCUCAACAUCAGAUACUGGCCGACUGUCGGCAACACCUGUCGGCACCUGUAGUGCUGUAUAACAGUAUGAGCGCCGAUAUGAUAGACAAAACUCUAGCAUUAAGGGAACAAAAUAGCGUAUACCUGGUGUGCAAAAACGUGGUCAAUCAGAUGGAGUUAGAGUACGGCACCACUUGGCACUGUACGGGCGAUUGGCUCGGAGGCAGCACCGGGUACUAUAUGGCCGAACAGGGAAAGUAUUUGAAAGUGAAGUAUGCUACGUUGACUUUAACCGUGUUUCAUACUGAUAGGUUGAUAUUGGCUCGAUUGAAGGCCCGGAUAGAGCAUAACAAAAUAUCACGUCAUUUGAAUAUAUUGUGUACGGAUAUGAAGUCAUCGAUGGUAUCGGUUGUGACGGAUAUUGUGUUUGAGGCCAUCGAUAGGGCGGACACAAUGAACAAUACGGCGGCCGUUAUUAAGGCCCAAAUGGCUGUCAGAUAUCCGGGCAUAACGUGGCAGUGCUUUCUCAACGGCCAGGGUAUUGGUGGCUACUGUUUGACCAAGAAUAGGUAA